AUGAGCUCAAGAGCUUCAAUGUCCUCUUGCAAACCGUGUGCCACCCCAGUCGAUCUAUCAUCAAAACUGAGUGCUUCUGAUGGACCUCUCUUCCAUGAUCCAACAUUAUACUGCAGUCCUGCUGGCGCAUUACAGUAUCUCACAUUCACACGCCCAGAUAUAUCAUAUGCUGUUCAACAAAUAUGCCUCUUCAUGCAUGAACCGCGGGAUCCACACUAUGCCUUUCUCAAAAGAAUAAUCCGAUAUUUACGAGGCACAGUUGACUACGGUAUAAGAAUUGGCAAGACAAAUACACAUACCUUGGUAGCAUACUCAGACGCAGAUUGGGGUGCCCAGACUCCAGAAGAUCAACUAGUGGCUACUGUGUUUGGCUACUGUGUUUUCCUUGGUGAUAAUUUCAUUUCAUGGUCUUCAAAACGGCAGCCUACUAUCUCACGGUCUAGUGCAGAGGCAGAAUAUAGAGGAGUAGCCAAUGCUGUUGCAGAGACCACCUGGCUGGCUUCGCAAUUUACUUCUGGAAUUACACCUCCCACUUCAGCAGGCCUCCGUCGUAUACUGUGA